AUGUUUGCCACACACAGGAGUACUCUGACUGAUGUGCGAGGCAGCCAUGGGGGCAGCCGUCGCCUGAGCCGCCAAAUGAGUCUUCCCCCUGCUGUCGAUAACCUCCAGAUGCCCAAGCCUGGAGGUGGCGUCGGUGGAGGUGUACCGCCCGGGAUUCGAGACGGCAGCAGUGGGAUACGGCGAAGCAGCAGUAUCAGCAGUGGUGGUGGCAGCUCUGGAGGCAAGAUGCUGUCUUUGUCAUCCAUGAGCGAAAGCGUCCGCAGCGGCCUGAGCUGCUUCCUAUCGGAGCAGGCCCUGGAACAAGAGGAGAGGCAGCAACGCAGCAACCAGCUGGCCGAGUUCCAGCGCCUGCGUGAGGUACGCGCUGCCGCUCAGCUUAAAAACCUGGAGGACUUCCUUAAGAUGAACCAUGUGUCACUGCGGGACUGUGUGUCCUACACCACUGGUAUGAGGUACAGAAAUCUGGGUAAAUCUGGACUAAGGGUGUCGUGUCUUGGACUAGGGACAUGGGUUACCUUCGGGAGUCAGUUAACAGACGAGAUGGCGGAGGAGCUGAUGACAUUAGCAUACGAAAAUGGGAUUAAUCUCUUUGACACUGCCGAGGUGUAUGCUGCUGGAAAAGCUGAGGUUGUCUUGGGAAGUAUCAUCAAGAAGAAAGGAUGGAGGCGUUCCAGUUUAGUCAUCACCACCAAGAUCUUCUGGGGAGGAAAGGCAGAAACAGAGAGAGGACUGUCUAGAAAACACAUUAUUGAAGGUCUAAGGGCAUCACUGGAAAGACUUCAGCUUGAGUACGUGGAUGUGGUUUUCGCAAACCGGCCAGACCCCAACACUCCAAUGGAAGGAGACCCAUUUCACACUUCAAAGUCCAGAACAUUCAUCAUAGAAGAGACAGUGAGAGCGAUGACCCACGUGAUCAACCAGGGGAUGGCCAUGUACUGGGGUACAUCACGGUGGAGCCCCAUGGAGAUCAUGGAGGCCUACUCUGUGGCACGCCAGUUUAACCUGAUCCCGCCUAUCUGCGAGCAGGCAGAGUACCACAUGUUCCAGAGGGAGAAGGUGGAGGUGCAGCUUCCUGAACUCUUCCAUAAGAUAGGUGUGGGAGCCAUGACGUGGUCUCCACUGGCAUGUGGGAUCAUCUCAGGGAAGUACACUGGCGGAGUACCCCCUUACUCACGUGCGUCACUAAAGGGUUACCAGUGGAUGAAGGACAAGAUACUAAGCGAGGAGGGGCGUCGUCAGCAGGCAAAGCUGAAAGAGCUGCAGGCCAUCGCCGAGCGGAUGGGCUGCACCCUGCCCCAGCUCGCUAUUGCUUGGUGCCUGAGAAAUGAGGGGGUUAGCUCUGUCCUCCUAGGGGCCUCCAGCACUGACCAGCUGAUGGAGAAUAUUGGAGCAAUACAGGUUCUUCCAAAGCUGUCAUCGUCCAUUGCACAUGAAGUGGACAGCAUCCUGGGAAACAAGCCAUAUAGUAAAAAGGACUACAGAUCAUAG